GAAAGAACAACGAGGAGCAGCAGGUGUGAUGACGACAGCCCCGCCGCUGUCUGCGCCCGAUGCGGCCAUCAUCAACCAUGUCGUUCCGCUGGAUGAGACGGUGCUGAACAGCACCUCGAGAGCCUCUGGUAUCUCCAUUACGGAGCUCUACGAUCUCAAUUCAGUCGUCGAGACGAUCGUCCCAGCAGCUGCAAGUGAGCCAAGAUUCCGUCGAGUAGCGCUCCAAUUGCCCGAUGAGCUCCUGUGCGACGCGAGUGCGAUCUUUUGGGAGCUCCAGCGACGCAUCAAACAGGCUUUGUCAGCCUCGACCUCUUCGAACCUGGCUCGUUCACCCGAAUUAUUUGUCUUGGCCGACACGUCUUAUGGGAAUUGUUGCGUCGACGAAGUCGCUGCGAGCCACGUCGAUGCAGAUCUCGUUGUCCAUUUCGGCCAUGCCUGUCUGAGCCCUACAGCAAGGCUGCCUGUCCUGUACGUCUUCAGCAGGCUACCGAUUGACGUCCGACAUGCGGCCAAGGAACUCAUGCGGGCUGUUGAGGAAGAGGAGGGAAGCAAGAACGUGGUAUUGAUGUAUGAUAUCGCUUACGAGCAUGCGGCGCCUGAAGUCUUUGAGCUUUUGCGCUGUGGAAAGGAGCCGGCCGACCGAUUCGUGCUGGCAAUGCUCGACAAGCACUCAAAUUUUACGAGGCAUGCUUCCCCAAACCCGACCGGAUGGGGAGGGGACGGGGUCUUGGAAGAGGGAAUGGAGCGCAUCAAGCUCGAGGAGAGGAACUGUGGUCAUGAUGGUUGCAGCACAGACAGAUGCGCUUCGUCUUUGCACUCAGCGACAUCAAGUAGCUCACCGUCAAAUCACAAAUUUAUCCUUCCUCCUCAUAUCGACGUCUCCCACUCUCUGGUCCUCUAUCUAGGCGGAGAAUCCCUUGCCUUGACCAACCUCCUUCUCCACCUGGGGCCCUCGACUUCAGUUCAUAGCUACGAUCCGUUGCAGGACCGCCUUCGCGUAGAAACCGGCGCAACGAAUAAACUCCUUAUGCGCCGCUACGCCGCUGUACAAAGGGCCCGUGAUGCCUCGGUGGUCGCUCUCGUCGUGGGCACAUUGGGCGUCCAUUCCUAUCUUCCUCUGCUCGCCUCCCUCAAAGAGCUUCUGACGAAGAAGCACGGCCGCAAAGUGUACACAAUCUCCGUUGGGAAGCUCUCUCCGGCCAAGUUGGCCAACUUUCAAGAGGUCGACAUCUUCGUCCUCGUUGCAUGUCCAGAGAAUUCGUUAGUCGAGCUCAAAGGGACUGGGAAGGACUAUUACAAGCCUAUUGUGACGCCUUGGGAGAUGCAGAUUGCGCUGGACGGCGGGAGAGGCUGGUCGGGCGAGUACAUCCUGGAGCUGGGCAAGGUCCUCGAGGAGGGUGAGAGGCAAAAGCAAGGAGCUGACGACGCAGAGGGAGAAGACGAGCCGCACUUCUCUCUCGUCACUGGGGGCUUCGUCUCUCGGCGACAUCGACCAAACAUGGAAGGGGAGAGCGAAGAGCAGCAGGCAGGAACCGUCGCACUUCGGUCGAACGAUGGGAUUGUAACGAAGAUCAUGGACAGCGCCGGUGGGGCGCAUGUAGCUGGCCGGUCGUGGAGAGGUCUCGAGCAGAGGCUGGGCAUGGAUGAGCCCGCGAAGCUGGAAGUCGGACGGGCGGGUAUCGCACAGGGGUACGCCGAUGGCGAUGAGGCUCGUCACGAAGGGGCGACCAAUUGAGAAGCAGCACGAUAUGCCUCCCAUCCGUCCAUUCUCUUGCAUUCAUCGCGGUCGACGACCAAGCACCCGACAACAUCUGCAUUGUAACACUAAUCCCAUUCAAAGAAAGCUUGAUUGACUUGCUCGAGAGGGAAGGAAGAGGCUGAUUUACUAUUACAAGAUGUG